ACAGAGAUGAAUGCCGACAUUUGCGUGUCCAAGGCACACGUACACUCAGCUCUCUCUGUGGCGGUCGCUUUUUGGAGCUUACGCUCGUUCUCUCUCUUUCUCUCUCUCACAGACAGGACAGAAAACAACGUUCUUACCCUUGAACCACCACCUCCUCCAAUACUAAUUAGCCAGAUGGUUAUCAUGUCAUCUUUUGCUAACCCAUUCUUUUGGAGAAGCAGUGGAGCCAUAUACCUUAUUACUGCAGAAAAAAAAACUCACAUCUUGAGCUCUAUACGUUUCAUACACUGAAUACCCAUUUCAUAAAAAGGCCUAAAGUUCAGUUCUUUUGUACUUUUUCCUUUCAUUUUCACGGAUCUGCAGCUCAGAAUGCUAGGAAGCUGUGUGGACCAAAGAGAUAUUGGUGGUUAUGUUUGGUAUACUUUUGGGUAAAUUUUCUAUGAUAAGAAGAAAACAACACACAAUAGGAGAUCUCAUAAAUUUACUUCUCUUUUGAGUUAUGACAAAUGGUAUUGAAUGAUGAGCACAAAGGCGUAGCCAUGGUUGCCACUUGCCGACAAAGUAGAUCGGAAUAAGCAUUUGCUGCAGGCAAUUGAAGGACAUACGGCCAUUUUAGGCGUUGAGCAUGUUGAAGCAAUCAACUAGUAGAACUCACAGGUCAAAAGGCUUUAAAGUGAAGCAUUUCCUUCAGAUAUGUCUGUUCCUUGGCAUUUGCAUUUGGCUGCUUAACCAUCUCAAGCACUCGUAUGAUAAGAAAAAUGCAUAUGACAACAGCACAGGAAAAAUAUCAGAACAGGUGCAAAGCAAGUAUGAAGUUGUCAAACUUGGGAGGAAACACCUCCAUCCUCGAGUUGAUGAAACAGCUUUGGGGAUUGAAAGCCAACUGGAUAAAGCAGAAUUGGAAGAAGAGGUUGAAGAAAUCAAACCUCAAGACCUUGAGGAUGAUGAAAGAGGUGGUGGAGAUGAUGAGAUAGAUGGACAUGAUCAAGAGAGAGCAGAAGAGGAUGAAUCUGAGGAAGUAGAAGAUCUCAUUGAUGUAGAUGAUAGGGAGAGAGAUGUAGGAAGUGAAGAACAAGAGAGUGAAGAGAAGGGUAAUCGACUGGAGGAUGCAAGUAAUAAUCAAUCCAGAAAUAAUGGUGAAAGGUUUCCUCGACAAGCAAGAGAAGAACAUUUCAAGGGCGAUGAUGCUUCUAAUUUUGUGGGGCGUGAUACCCAAACUUUAAGCACUGAAUUUGAGAUUGGAGGUCUGAGAAAGAUCAGAGUGACAUUUGAAUCGAAUGGUCGUGGAAAUGUGCAGGGUGAAGAAAAGGUUAAUAAGUUUGAUUUGGCCAAUUCAUAUUUCAGCUCAGAAUCUAGUUCAUACACUGAGACAUCAUCAGAGGAGAAACCAGAAGUCAAGUUAAACUCCAAUUCCAUGCUUGUUAUAAGCUCUGGUUAUAGAAAGGAUAAGUUGCCAAAAAUAAUUCAAGAAUCAGAUGCAAAUACUAUUGGAGAAUACACAUUCUUGCAAGCUGUUUCGCGAGCAAAGAAAAGAAGCGCCAGUGAAGCAGUGGAAGGCAGGCAUUCCAAUGUCGAUUCGGCCCUUUCUACUGUAACUGCUAAUUUAGAUGCAGUUGAUUCUGGGGUAACCAAACAUAUUGUGAAGUCUGAUACUGAUGGUGGCUUAGAAGAUAAUAAUGGUAUUACAGCCAUCAACAAGAAUAACAUAAUUAGUAGUGAAAUUCACAGAUAAAAUCAGUGACAGCUAGCAAGGAUAAAGGCUUUUUAGGAAAUGAGUUAUUUGACCCGCUUAAUUCAUAAUUCAAUCAGAAGUAGAGAAAGUUCAGCUCAGGCUGUUUUGAGUACUUAACCAGGGGUAACAAGACGAGGCAACAACGGAGAUGUAGCUGGAGUGAUAAUAUAUCAUGUUAUAGAAUCACCCUGUCGCGGGUGAAUGAGUAAAAUCUUUUCAUAUUUUUAGAGUAUUCCUAUAGGUGUGCAAUUGUACAUGUAUAUACGCCUUUCUUUUCUGAUGGUUCAAGUCCGCUAAUGCCAAAGUAAAAUGUACUAAAAUGGCCAUGAACGCUAUUCGGAAAAUAAAUCUCUUGAUGGGUA